AUGGCCAAGACUUUUCUAUCCUGCCGCAGCCCGUUCUCCCCUUCGCUCGUUGACGGUUGGCGCCAUCAUCCAUGGACCAUGCAUGGCCCAGGCGCCAGAACUGGCGGCCCUGGUUUCGAAAUGAUUAAACCCGUCCCCGAACGUCCCCGAACUGGCCCCCAAGAUCUAGACUCGUUUCACUCGGAGAUGAUUUCCCGCCUAAAGGCUUGGGGAACCACCGUGUUGAGAAGGAUAUUGGUCCAACUUGUCUUUUGGCGAAGCAAUAGAGACGGAUUGGCAUCUACAACAGGCGUUCAUUUACGGCUGGAGCUGGUCGAGACCGUUAGUGCGGCGUACGAAUUGAGUCAAUCCAUAACCGCAAAGGGAAGUGUCAGAGCCAGCAUAUUGACUCGAGAGCGGCUGUGUUCUGCAUCGUUCUCCUCCCCCUCCUACUUCAGAAGUCCAGAAGGACCAAAAGUCAUCUCUACCCGUAACGCACGUGUCCGCCAGUGGUACAGGCUUCGACCACUGAAGACGGGCUUGCAGGGCUCAUCCAGGGUUGGACCACUUUGGGUGACACAAUCCAUCGAGCCCCAGGACCGUCGCUCGCCCCUGGGUAGGAUGACGAUCGCGGAUCACUCCGUUGCCCAAUCGGAAUCAUUCAAGACCUGGAGUUCCACCGAAUUCUGCCUGUGUUCGGACGGCCAGCCGCGAAGGGGGAUCGAAAACCGGGGGUCAGCACUGGUUGCCGACACGCCAGUGGUUGAACACUUGGAUCCGACUCCAGGGACAGCGAUAAGCCGCACCAACUGGCUGCAAGUUGAUGAACCCCUGGUCGACAAACCCGAGCUGGGCGCGUCACCCGCGCAGCCGAAGCUGCAAGGCACACAUCCCGCAAUUUAG